AAUCGGAAUUAACACAUUACAGGUAAACGAGCUUAAUAAAAGUGGUGAACUGAAAAGGGCUGAUACUUGUUGCUGUCGCUGGGCGGGCCUAACGCUGUAGUGCGCCAUGCUGGGGGUGUCAAUUGAAGGCGAGGAAAAAAACCGACUGGGAGUUACCUCAGCGCUUUCCGAGAUAUGAGAUCUGGCCGUUUUCCAGUCGGUGCACUUUUUUAUUAAAGAAGAAAACCCCGAAAAUCACGGGGCAAAAAAAAAAAGAAAGAAAGAGACGCACACGCAUUUGAAGAGGUCACCCAGAAAAACAGCGUUCAGCGGCUUUCUGCCGGCGGAUCAGUCGGAAUCUGCGGUGUACGCUCGGAGUCUCUCUCCCCCAACCCCCCCGUGCGCGCGCGCGCGUGUGUGUGUGCGUGUGUUUACAAGUGUUUGAACGACUGCCAAAAGAAGAAGGGAGGAAAACGCCAAGGAAGGAAGGAGGGAUGGUGGACAAUUCAAGCAGUAGUAAGGCACAAAUGCCCGGAAUGUCUCAGGAGCCUGGUGUGGCCUUUCCUCCAAGCACCUCCGCAGGAGGAAUGAAACUCGAAGCAGUGAUGGAGCAGCUCCAGCGCCAGCAGCAGGCACGAUUAGAAAUGGAGCGCAAGGAGAGAAAGAUACGAGAAGCCCACAUCAUGUACGCUCAGCAGGUUGCUGCCCAACAGGCCAUCUUAGCAGCUGCCCGGGCUUCUGGAGCCAGCUUCAUGGGGAAAGGCCUGCCUGGAGGCAUCGCUGGUGGUGGAUUGCCUCCCCGGGUGUCCAAUCAGAGCAGUGUAGACUCAGACAGAGAGGAUGACGAGGACAGAGGUCGGGAUUCUGGAGAUGAGGACGAUGACAAUGAGAUGAUGGAAGGGGAUGAGGGCAGCGAUGAUGAUGAGGGAAGCGCCAGUGGUCUGGAGUUCCUCCGCAAGCAAACCCUUGCUUUACAGCAGAAUGCCUCGCGAAUCCCAGCCCGUCCAUUUGGCAGUUACUCUGCAUCGGCUCCCCAGAGGGCUGCUUCCCCACCUGUUAGAGUGAAGCAGGAACCUGACGAGGGCCUGUCUCCUGCAGGGGCACACUCUGCUACUUCUCCUAAUGGACAAGCUGACUGGGGCUUUGAUGACCACUUUAGACAGAAUGGCAGUGCAGGAUGGGCAGAUGAGGCUGACAGCAGCAGAGGAAGAGGAGAGGCCUCCAGAGACUUUGCUAAGCUGUAUGAGCUUGAUAAUGACCCAAAAAGAAAAGAGUUUUUGGAUGAUCUCUUUGCCUUCAUGCAAAAAAGAGGAACCCCAGUCAAUCGUAUUCCAAUCAUGGCCAAGCAGGUCCUAGAUCUGUACAUGCUGUACAAGCUGGUGACAGAAAAGGGAGGCCUCGUCGAGGUUAUCAAUAAGAAGAUCUGGAGAGAAAUCACAAAGGGACUCAACCUGCCUACCUCCAUCACCAGUGCUGCUUUUACUCUGCGGACACAGUACAUGAAAUACCUGUACCCGUAUGAGUGUGAGAGGAAAGGCCUCAGCUCCCCAGGCGAGCUUCAGGCUGCCAUCGAUAGUAACCGACGUGAGGGUCGCCGUCCGUCCUACAGCAGCAGCCUCUUCCGCUUUUCUCCUUCUCCCAGCACUGCUCCCCACAUCCUCUCACCCCCAAAGAUGCACCUUUCCAGUCUGGGAGCGGGGGCCUCAGUAGCUAUCAAUGGCCUUCAGGCCUCACCGGGACCCUCUUUGAAGAAAGAUGAUCUGACCCCACCGAUUAUGGCUGCAAGACCUUCCAUGGCGCUGGCUCUGGGUCAGCAGCAGGUUGCUGGCUUGGCCAGGGCAGCCACACUGGAGCAGCUUAGAGAAAAGCUGGAGACUGGUGGUGGAGAGGGGCCAGAGAGGAAGAUGGCCCGCCUGGCAGAAGAGCAGCAGCGCCUGAUGCAGCAGGCUUUCCAACACAAUCUACUGGCCAUGGCUUCCCAAAUGCCUAUGAACCUGCGUCUGGGAGCCCCUGCUAUGCCUACCAGAGAAGAGAAGCAGCAAGACAUGUCUCUGAGUAUCUCAACCAAUGGAAAUUCCAGCAUUACUGUCUCAGUAGAGGUCAAUGGCACAAUCUACUCAGGAACCCUGUUCGCCCAGAAGUCUGGUGGGGCCCCGGGGCCAUCUGUGUCUGCUGCUACUGCUACUGCUGUUUCAGCCUCCCCUGCUGGAACCAGCGCAAGCUUUGGUUUUUCCGCACCUCAAGCCCAGAGCCUCAGCCCCGCAUCCUCCUCCUCCUCCAAGGGUCCCGGCUCGGCUGAGCCGACCCCCACCGGGUCACCCUAACUCAGGCUGCCCUUUGUACCUUCUCCCCAGGCCUCUGCUCCUGCAGGAGGCCCAGCAUGAAUAUACAGUACAAUAAGAAACCGAAAAGAAACUGUUGCACAACAAAUACCUCAUCAACCUGUCUUGGCUGUCCAAUCAUGAACACAGAGCCUGAAAAUUUAAUGAUAUAUCCAAAAUAAAUUGCUAUGCAUUUUAUUUUGAUCUAACACACACACAUACACACACAUGCACGCACAUACACACAGGAACACAACACUACAACCACAUCAUGCACAGACACACAUCACAUAUAUAUACUUGUUAAUCCUAAUCGACAUGCUAAACACAAUCAGCUCAGCCAAAACCCACUGACAGGUGUAGUCACAACCGAACUUGAAAAGUUUUAUCUUAGAACAUUUUGUUUGUUUGUUGCCAUUUUGUUGUCUUUUUUGAUUUUGUGUUUUAGAAUGAUUUUUUUUUUUUUGGUUUUUUUUUUUUUUUUUUUUUCUCCUCCUUUUACAUACCUCAAAUCAAAUAACCUGCAGUGGUGUCUUUACCUCAGGAGCUGUAGUAUAUUUAACCUGAAUCAACUUUAUUUUUAUAUUCUUUUUGACCUAGUUGCAAUCAGGGGAAGUUGGGUAACUGUCACCAGUGGAAACCUGUGUACAGAGCACCCCCCCUCACAGUGAUGGGCCUCCAACUGGGGCUGCUCAGGUGUCUUCAACGUGCUGUGGCGUCAAACUGGUGAUGAUCUGAUACUGUAGAUCAGCAGAUUAAAUACCUCAUUUCAUCCUUUCAGCUGCCCUCAGUUGAGCUCUUGAGAAGUCCAUUAGGAAGGUUGCAAAGCUAAAGUUUAAGUAGUUUCAGCUCCACGUGCGCACACAAAGUUGGGUUAACAGUAACAGGCCCGUUAGAGCUUGCGAUUUGUGUUUCACCCAUAGCGGUACAGAGAGGUAAUACUGAGGCAUUCCUAGCUCCUGCAGACCAGAUUUGAGUUUGUUGUUCCCCUAUUUUUAUUUUUUUGUGUGCAUCCUUCCUCCAGCUGCAGCCACAGAGCUGAAUGUCGAGUUGGGUGGCAUCGUCAUCUCUGACCACACAUUGGCCUCUCUGCUUUGGGGAGGGGGGGCGGCGUCUCUCUCAGGAAAAGCAAUGUGACAACUGCAAGGAAUCACUGUCAGUUUAAAAAGACACAAAAAAAAGAGGAUUAAUACGUGAAGAAUGCACAAGCCUAUGUGACUGUUUCAAAAAUACCUCAUCAGACUCUCUGAAAAGGAGAGUAACACUACAUACCUCAAAAGGCUGUGAAGCCAUCGAGACUUGACGCCCCGAAUCCUACGUGAACUGAAACUGUUAUGGACGUGCUGUCACACUGCUGGUGGUUUUUGGGGACAAAGAAGUGGGAUGGGCUUGAUAUAUUUCUCCUGUAUUUACUUGUAGAACGUGUUUCAUGCUUGCUUCUUCUUUGUUUUUUGGGGGUUUUUUUUCCCUUUUUUAGGUUCAUCAGGUUGUCUGAGAAGAAUGAUAUAUCUGAGGUGCUUUUUCAGCAGAGAGGAACAGACAAGUUAUUUUUUCAUUGACAUGUUAAUUUUCUUUCUUAAAAAAACAAAACAAAACAAAAAAACCAAUGGUGUUUCCAUAGGGGUAAGAAAACAACCUUAAGUUUGACUGUGUAUGUUGAAAUUGCAUCUUUUUUGUGACAAUGGCAAAAUCAUGAUAUGCAUUUGAACAAUCAUGUGACCAGUGUUUGUUUUUUUUUUACACCUCCAUCCUCUGGUUAUUGCACAGCUACAUACCAAAGACUAGCACAGUCAGUCCUUAUGAACACUUUGUACAAUCCUGCUAACAGGAUGCUGAUGCAUAGCAAGCAGGUCUGUGUUGGACGGCAAAAGGUGUCUCUUUCAGACUCUUUCAAACUGACUGUGAGUUUUUUUUCACAAUUAGUUAGUGGAAAGUGCAUUUAAAACUGUAAAGACUGAAAACCCAAUUACAUGACUUGUACAGGUGGGCAUAUUCGACCCUUUUAACAGAUUUCAUUAUUUAAAACUGAAGGCCGGAUACAGUGGCCUCAUUAACAGUUGCAUUUGAAUAGUUUGUUUAACCUGUUUAUGCAGUCCCUCACAGUCAAUGUGGACAGUAGCCCGCAUUUUCUUUUAUCAAUUUACCCCAGGCACAGCUUGAUUAUGAUGAACAUGUUAUUGUAGGAUGCUUUUCUCCCUUUAAAGAUUUUUUUAAAAGCAUUGAAACCCCACAAAAGAACAACACUUUCUAGCUUUACUUGUGUUGAAUGUAAGGCAUUUUAACUGUUUAGACCUUUUUACGCCUAGUGUGGUCUGAGGUGGGCAGCCUUGUUGCUUUUCUUAGAUUGUAUUUUAGCAAUUAUGUGUCAGGUUUUGCAGUGCAGAUCGCAGGUCAGGGUUUAAGAACCUUUGAGAACUGCGUUGUUAGUCUGUCAGUAUAGCCUUCGCAACCUUGUAUGACACAUAACUGUAUUUUAUAAAUGGUGAGGAGUAUAGAUGCUGCCUUAAAAGUAGUUGCUGGUGAGAUGCGGUCCAUGCAGGCUUCCCUAUGAAAGUUUUUCUCUUCAGCUUAAUCCUUUGUGCCCCCCCC